AUGUUGUGCGUCGGUGAUUUAUGUGAUAUCCUUACCAAGAUUGAGGAGUUCUUACGACGGAUCAAAGUUAAUAUCAGAGAAAAUGUUGAGAUUGCCAAAAGAUAUUUCCAAAGUAAUGACGGGUCAAUUGAUGCUAAAAAACUCGAGGAAGUCUAUUCCUUCUUGAAAAAUCUAUAUGGAUAUCUACCUGAUUUUACCUGUGGUGAUCUUUCCCGACUGCUCCAAGGUGUUGCGGGAAUCACUUCAACAAUAUCCUCUUUAACAGGUAUUGGUGGGCCAGUCGUUCCGGUCAUUUGUGGAGUGUUACGUAAAGUGUUCUCCGCUUUUGGAGGGAAAACAAUUACCGUUGGGGAGAUAGUUGAAGGCGAAAUCCGACGAACAUUUUCUGGACACACCCACGAAACACUCCACCAGGAAGCCGAAGAUGUCCAUCUCAUAUAUCGGUUUGCAUUUGACUUUCUAAAUCAACCUAAUGAGAAAGGUCACUUAUCGGAGCAUGAUAUAACGAAUAUGAAUGUUCAGAUGAAUGUUUUUCAAGGUGCAACGUUUCUUCGCAAGCUUGGGAAGUUGAUCAAAGUGCUAGCAAAGGAGCAUGAAGAAGACGACCCUGGCAAAAAGACCGAGAAAGUCAAGAAUGCGCUGGAAUUCGUUGAAUUAUAUGUAAAACUUGCAUCUUUACGUGACAUGGUUCUAUUUCAGUUUUAUACCAUUACCAACUCCACAGCUCACAGUCAGCAUUUGGCCGGAGGGAUCCAGCGGGUGAUCGGCUCCUUUGAUGAACAGGACAGGGAUGCUCUCGGUCUUUUUCUCAAACCCACAAAAGAGUAUGCCUAUAUUGUGUCAUAUGUGAGGGAGGAAGAGAGAGAACUUCUCAUGAUGUUUCUUGACCAGAAAAAACUUUUACCGGACCAGAGCUGGUUGACGCAUUGUGCGUUUGAACUGCAUUCAGUAAAAUGGCCUGAAUAUCAUGCCGUUCGUUUGAUAAUUCAUAGAUCGCUCUUUGGAAACGGGGAUUUGAGGUUCAUACGUGGAAGCAACAAACCUAUCGGACCAGAAUCCUGGUUUUGCUUCAAGCGAAUUAAGAGAAAAGGGACUUAUCAUAACAUAACACCUAUGUUAAAUUCUCAUGAGUUCGUGUGUAUGACGAAAGGCUCUGAUCAUUGGGUGAUGUCAAAAAAAGAUGCCCCGGAACCCGAGAGCGAGUGGAAGGUCAUCCAAAUGGACAACGGAAACUAUGUGUUUUCCCCACGUGCCUUUCCGGAUUAUUUCAUGGGAAUGACACAACUGCUGGAUGGAAGUGUGGCUGGAUUCCUGGGAUGCUCUCGCACAAGAUGUCAGUGGACACUGAAGGCAUCGCAGUGA